AUGUCUGACGGCGACGUCCAGAUCCACUCCAUCCCGAAGCCCGCCGAGGGCGGCGCGGUGCUCAACAAGAUCUCCAGUCAGCUCACACAGGACAAGCGCCGCGGAGGCGCCCAGUCGAUGAUGCUCGGCGCGGGCCUGGAGGUCGACGAUCUGGCGAAGCCGCAGAUCGGCAUCUCGCCCGUCUGGUGGGAGGGAAACCCGUGCAACACCCAUCUGCUCGACCUUGCGAAGCAUGUCAAGCAGGGGUGCACGAACGAGGGUCUUGUCGGGCUGAUGUACAGCACCGUCGGUGUCAGUGACGGUAUCACGAUGGGUACCGACGCUAUGUGCUACUCGCUCCCCAGUCGAGACCUCAUCGCAGAUUCCAUCGAACUGCUCACCAUGGCACAAUAUCACGACGGCAAUGUCUCUAUCCCUGGAUGCGACAAGAACAUGCCCGGCGUCUUUAUGGCCGCCGUACGCCAUAACCGUCCCACAAUCUUCAUCUACGGCGGCACGAUCCAGCCGGGUGUAUGGCACGACGACUGCCCUGCCAUGAACGCGAAGAAGGGCGAUCAGACGAACAUCGGCGAUGUGUACGAGUCCUACGGCGCGUACGCAACCGGCAAGAUGACCGAGGAGCAACGUCUCGACCACGUCCUCCACGCAUGCCCUGGUCCUGGUGCCUGCGGUGGUAUCGCCAACACCAUGUCGAGUGUCCUCGAGGUCAUCGGUCUCUCCCUUCCCUACUCUGCUAGUAUCCCCGCGACGUACCCCGAAAAGGUCCAGGAGUGUCUCAAGGUCCCCAAGUAUCUGAAGCGCCUCCUCGAGCUCGACCUCAAGCCGAGGGACAUUGUCACCCGGCAGUCUUUCUUCAACGCCAUGACCGUCGUGAAUGCCAUUGGCGGCUCAACCAACGCUGUCCUCCACAUGCUCGCCAUGGCUCGUGCCGCCGACAUCGACCUUAGCAUCGACGACUUCCAAAUGAUCAAGGAUAGGACCCCAUAUCUCGCUGACCUCAAGCCCUCCGGCAAGUACAACAUGGAGGACCUGCACAAGGUCGGCGGUAUCCCCGCCGUCAUCAAGUACCUGCUCAAGCACACGAACCUGAUCGACGGCACGCAAAUGACGGUGACGGGAAAGACCCUCGCGGAGAACGUGGCGGACGCGGCCGACCUCGAGUUCGACAACCAGGACGUCGUCCGCCCGCUGAGCAACCCGAUCAAGGCGACCGGUCAUUUGACCAUCCUCCGCGGCAACCUCGCACCCGACACCGCAGUCGCGAAGAUCACCGGCAAGGAGGGUCUCCGCUUCGAGGGUGUGGCCAAAUGCUUCGACUCCAUCCCGCCAUUCUUCACCGCGCUGGAGCGAGGCGAGAUCACCGCCGGCAUGGUCCUCAUCUUCCGCUACCAGGGCCCCAAGGGCGGCCCAGGGAUGCCCGAGAUGCUCGGCCAGACCGCGGCGCUCAUGGGCGCGGGCCUCGGAGGCAAGACCGCGCUCGUCACCGACGGCCGCUUCUCCGGCGCGUCGCGCGGGUUCAUCAUCGGCCACGUCGUCCCCGAGGCGUUCGUCGGCGGUCCGAUCGCGCUCGUCGAGGACGGCGACAAGAUCGUGAUCGACGCCGAGACUCGCGCGAUCGACUGGCUCGUGAGCGACGAGGAGAUCGCUCGCCGGCGCGCGCUGUGGAAGCCCAGGGAGUACCGCAUCAAGCGCGGGGUGCUGUACCGCUACGCGAGGGACGUUGCGCCCGCGAACUUUGGAGCAUACCUCGAUUGA